CCGAAUUUCUCAGCAUGACCACCGUGCCUGAGAAUCAGCCCUCCCGGCCUGCCGAUACGGAAAAGGCCAUGCAGCAUGUAGGUCCCGACCCGAAUCUGGUCACCUGGGACGACAAUGAUCCCGAAAACCCGCAUAACUUUUCCACCGCAUACAAAUGCUGGAUCACAUUUCAACUCGGCUUGCUGGCCUUGAGCGCCAGUAUGGGCUCGAGUAUCAUCUCCCCAGCGGAAACAAGCCUCAAAGCAUACUUACACAUUGGGAGCGAAGUCAGCAUCCUUCCGGUAUCUCUUUACAUUCUCGGCUUCGCCUUCGGACCUUUAUGCUGGGCGCCUAUUUCAGAAAUCUGGGGCCGACGGUGGUCCAUGCUCCCCGCCGUCUUCAUCAUGGGCCUCUUCAGCAUCGGCACAGCGACAAGCAAAAACACUGCCUCCGUCCUCAUCACCCGAUACUUCGCAGGCCUCUUCGGCUCCGCCCCAGUCAGCAACGUCUCCGCAGCCCUAGGCGACAUCUUCCACAUGAAAGCGCGCGGAAUCGCCAGCACAUCCUACGCCAUCUGCGUCGUCGGCGGCCCAACCAUGGGGCCCAUCAUCGGCGCAGCCCUAGUAUCCCACCCCAACCUCGGCUGGCGCUGGACGGAAUACAUCGAAGCCAUAUUCGUCUUCUUCGUCUUCACCAUCACCUUCUUCUGCCUCCCCGAAGUCUACGGCCCAGUGCUCCUCCACAAAAAAGCCAUCCGUCUCCGCAAAGAAACCUCCAACCAAGACCUCUACCACCCCCACGAACACCUCAACAUCACCGUCCACAGCAUCAUCACCAAACACUUCUCCCGCCCCCUAGUCAUGCUCGUCACCGAACCAAUGGUCACCGUCAUCGCCCUCUACGCCUCCUUCACCUACGCCCUCCUCUACCUCACCCUCGAAGUCUUCCCCAUCGUCUUCGACGACCUCCGCCACUGGAAACCCCUCCUCGCCACCCUCCCCUUCAUCGGCCUCUUCAUCGGCGUCCUCUUCUCCUCCCUCUUCAUCAUCCUCAUCGGCCAACCCUACUACAUCCGCAAAUGGGAAGCCGGCGGCGGCAAACCCGUCCCCGAGGCCCGCCUCAUGCCCAUGGCCAUCGGCGGGUUUCUUUUCGCCGGAGGCCUCUUCUGGUUCGGAUGGACCGCCAACCCCUCUUACUCGUGGGGAUUACCUGUCGUCGCGGCAAUGGUCUUCGGCUGCGGCUUCUGUAUUAUCUUCGGCCAGUGUAUUAAUUUCCUGGUUGAUACGUACGGUCCGUACGCGGCGUCGGCCACGGCGUCGAAUACCUUUCUGAGAAGUGUCCUUGCGGCUGCGUUUCCGUUGUUCGCGCAGCCGAUGUUCAAGAAUCUGGGUGUUGGGCCGGCGAUGUCGAUACUGGGGGGUAUUGCGGCUGCGGCGAUCCCGGUCCCGUUUUUGUUUAUGGUUUAUGGGGUCAGGUUGAGGAAGAUGUCGAGGUUUGCGCCGUUUAAGGGGUGAUUUCUUAUAUAUACAUAUAUAAGGGAUAGAAUAGAGUAAUAGAUAGAUGGGUUUAUAUGUAAUUAGG